AUGGCGACCAAUACCCUCCUGAUCGAGGGUUCGUUCGAUGAACUCGCUGACGAACUCGCCCGCUACAUUGAUACGAUUCGCAAGAAUGUCUCCGCUGCUUCGGCGACCCCAAGUGCUGAGGUGACGUCUGUGCAUGCUGAGAUUGCGCAGCUGCUCGAAAAACUGAGGGAAAAGGAGCAGAGUGAGGAGGAGUUGACAGAGGAACAGACAAAAGAGAUUCAGAAUGAGAGGACCGAAGUGCUGAAGAAAUUGGUGCUUGCCGCUCCGGUGCUAAAUGGUGCUCCUGAGAAAGAAAUCACCGCUGCAUACAACCUGCUGGUCUACCUGGUCCGUCAAUCAAGCUCGGUAGACAUGUUCUUGCCCAAGAUCUGCGCAUUCCUGGCCAAACCAAUGCCAUCUUCACCGCUGCAUGGACCUUCCAUCGCCUUGUCCAUCCUGGCAACCAUUUUCAAUACCCUGGACGCAGAUGACUCCAGCAGAUACCAUGUAUUCCUUGCCAUCAUGGCC